UUCUUCCUCCUCCUCCUCCUCCUCCUCCGCCGCCGCCCGGGCCCGGGCCCCGGGCCUCGCCGCGAUGCCGGAGAAGCGGCCGUUCGAGCGGCUGCCGGCCGACGUCUCCCCCGUCAACUACGGCCUCUGUCUCAAGCCCGACCUGCUCGACUUCACCUUCGAGGGCAAGCUGGAGGCCGCCGCCGAGGUGCGGCAGGCCACCAACCAGAUCGUGAUGAACUGCGCAGACAUCGACAUCAUCACGGCCUCCUACGUGCCGGACGGCGACGAAGAGAUCCACGCCACAGGGUUCAACUACCAGAACGAAGAUGAAAAGGUCACGCUGUCUUUCCCCAGCACGCUCCAAAAAGGCAGCGGCACCCUGAAGAUCGAUUUUGUCGGCGAGCUGAAUGAUAAGAUGAAAGGUUUCUACAGAAGCAAAUACACCACCCCGUCCGGAGAGGUGCGCUACGCUGCCGUCACUCAGUUUGAGGCCACGGAUGCUCGGAGGGCUUUCCCCUGCUGGGACGAACCGGCUCUCAAGGCAACUUUCGACAUUUCUCUGGUGGUCCCUAAGGACAGAGUGGCGCUUUCCAACAUGAACGUCAUCGACCGGAAGCCGUGCCCCGACGACGAGAACUUGGUGGAAGUGAAGUUCGCUCGCACCCCUGUCAUGUCGACGUACCUGGUGGCGUUUGUCGUCGGGGAGUACGACUUUGUGGAGAGCAAGUCGUCUGACGGGGUGUGCGUGCGUGUCUACACGCCCGUGGGUAAAGCCGAGCAAGGAAAAUUUGCAUUGGAGGUGGCUGCUAAGACCCUGCCUUUCUACAAAGACUAUUUCAACGUCCCGUACCCGUUGCCGAAAAUCGAUCUCAUCGCCAUCGCUGACUUUGCAGCUGGUGCCAUGGAGAACUGGGGCUUGGUGACUUACAGGGAGACCGCGCUGCUCAUCGAUACCAAAAACUCAUGUUCUUCAUCCCGCCAGUGGGUCGCUCUGGUUGUGGGACAUGAACUCGCCCAUCAAUGGUUUGGAAAUCUUGUUACUAUGGAGUGGUGGACUCACCUGUGGCUGAAUGAAGGUUUCGCCUCCUGGAUCGAAUACCUGUGCGUCGACCACUGCUUCCCCGAGUACGACAUCUGGACUCAGUUUGUCUCUGCCGACUACACCAAAGCCCUGGAGCUCGACGCCUUGGACAACAGCCACCCUAUCGAGGUCAGCGUGGGGCAUCCCGCCGAAGUCGACGAGAUCUUCGAUGUGAUCUCAUAUAGCAAAGGCGCCUCGGUCAUCCGGAUGCUCCACGACUACAUCGGGGAUGAGGACUUCAGGAAAGGAAUGAAUCUGUACUUAACCAAGUUCCAGCAGCAGAACGCAGCCACAGAGGAUCUCUGGGAGCACCUGGAAAAGGCCAGUGGGAAGCCCGUAGGAGCCGUGAUGAGUACCUGGACCAAGCAGAUGGGUUUCCCACUCAUUUAUGUGGAAGCAGAGCAGCAAGAUGACGACCGAGUGCUGAAGCUGUCCCAGAGGAAGUUCUGCGCCAGCGGACCGUACCUGGGGGAGGAGUGUCCCCAGUGGAUGGUUCCAGUGACAAUCUGCACAAGCGACGACCCCACCUGUGCCAAGGAGAAGCUGCUGAUGGACCGAGCCGAGAUGUCCGUCACCUUGAGGAAUAUCAGACCGGACCAGUGGGUGAAGGUCAACAUGGGAACGGUCGGCUUUUAUCGCACACAAUACAGCGCUGCCAUGUUGGAGAACUUACUGCCCGGGAUCCGGGACCUCUCCCUGCCGCCCGUGGAUCGGCUCAGCCUGCAGAACGACUUCUUCGCUCUGGCCCGCGCUGGAGUCGUCAGCACCGUGGACGUCCUGAAAGUCAUGGAGGCCUUUGUGAACGAACCCAACUACACGGUGUGGAGCGACCUGAGCUGCAACCUGGGAACCCUGUCCACCCUCCUGUCCCACACCGACUUCUACGACGAAAUGCAGCUGUUUGUCAGGGAGAUCUUCACCCCCAUCGGCGAGAAGCUGGGCUGGGACCCCAAACCCGGAGAAGGCCACCUGGACGCUCUCCUGAGGGGCCUGGUGCUGGGCAGGCUGGGGAAAGCCGGACACAAGGCCACGGUGGAAGAAGCUCGUCGUCGCUUCAAGGACCACGUGGACGGGAAGCAGCCGCUGUCUGCCGACCUGCGGAGUCCCGUGUACGUGACAGUCCUGAAGCACGGGGACGGCACCACCCUGGACACGGUGCUCAAGCUGCACAAGCAGGCGGACAUGCAGGAAGAGAAGAACCGCAUCGAGCGAGUCCUCGGGGCCCUCAGCUCGCCGGAACUCAUCCAGAAAGUUCUUGCCUUUUCCCUCUCGGAUGAAGUCCGUCCGCAGGACACGGUGGCCAUUAUCGGCGGUGUGGCGGGGGGCAGCAAGCACGGGAUGAAAGCCGCCUGGAAGUUCGUCAAGGACAAGUGGGAGGAGCUGUAUAACCGCUAUCAAGGAGGCUUCUUAAUAACCAGACUAAUAAAGCUCACCAUCGAUGGGUUCGCCGUCGACAAAAUGGCCGCCGAGGUUAAGGCCUUCUUUGAGACGCACCCGGCCCCGGUCGCCGAGCGCACCAUCCAGCAGUGCUGCGAAAACAUCCUGCUCAACGCCGCCUGGCUCAAGCGGGACGCCGAGAGCAUCCACCAGUACCUGCUGCAGCGCCGGGCCCCGCCCCUUCCCGCCCUGUGAGCCCCCGGGACCCCCACCCCGCCCCCCACCCCCGGACCCCCAGACGCCCAGACCCCCGGGCCGCCGUGGCCCCCGGAGCCUCGACACGGCGCUGAGGGCGGGGGGCCGCCGGCCGGGUCAGAUGCCAAGGGCCGAAGAUCGGGAGUCUUUGGGCCAACCAGUGGGGUCGGACAGUGAAUGUAGUUCAGUGGUUCCCACUCACACUCCAGAACUAAAUUCUCUGAGGAAAAAAAAAAGAAAAUCAGCAAUUCAGCAGAAAAAAAAAAAGACCACAAAAAAAACCAACCCACCAUGUAAAUAUAGUAAUAAAAUAGAGCAUAACGAAACUGUGAAACCUCCCAGAGCCGUGUCAGUGGUGAAAAGUAUUUAACACUUGUCCUGGGCGGAAAAGGAGACGGGGCACUGGUUUGAUGUCGGCCCCCUGGCCUCCUGCACCCUCCCCUCCCCCGCCCCCCCGUCUCUCCACGCCCUCCCCUCGGCGUGGCCGCGGUGCCCGGCCCCGGGGGAACGUCAGAGGUUCCCGGCCGGAGCCGGAUCCCCUCCGGGGACCCGUCGGAGCCAAGGGCCCUGCCCCCCCGCCGGGGUCCCUCCGUCCCCCCGGGAGGCCCCGCGGCCCGUGUGUCUUCCCCAGGCUCGGCCCCCGCCCGCCCUCCCGGGCGAUGGAGGAACGAGGAGGAGGCGUGUCGCAUCCGCGGCCACGAUUCCCGACAGCGGCGGCCCCGCGUUGGUGUGUAAUACCCUUCUUCCUUCCCGUGCCGUCGGGCAGGGGAGCGCGUCGGCACGGCGGGAGCCGAGGGUCGGCCCGGAUGGGAGCGCUCCUCCGCCCGGGGGGGCGGGUCGGGCCGGCCAGCGGGGAAAGGCUGGGGGUGGCCGGCGGGAAGAAGCGGCCGCCCGCUUACCCGUCCGCCCGGGGCCGCGCCCCGGCCCGAGUCCCCCCGCGUUUCAUCCUAACAGGAAUUCUUAGUCGGUGUGGCUUAACUCGAUCUCGGAAAGUCCUCGGAUAACUUGUCAGACUGCUUCCCUGAAACAGUUUUUGUGCUAUUGUUUUAAAACAAUAAUAAUAAUUAAAAACGGUCGGACGGUAAUAAAAGAAGUCCACGGGGGA